AGUCUUUACUCUAGUCUUUCGGCGAAAUUCACAAAGACGAUCACUUUUUUAGGUUUCCCAAAAAUGGUGGAUACAUCAAAUUACCUCCAUUUUUGGGGAAAUUCACCAGAAUCAGAAGAAGAAUACUACAAAUCCCAAAACAUAAAAGCCUCAAAAUCCUUUUAUGUAUCUCCAAGAGGAAUAUCUCUGUUCACUCGAUCGUGGCUUCCUAUUUCUUCUCCACCACGUGGUCUCAUCUGUAUAGUCCAUGGUUAUGGCAACGACAUCAGUUGGACUCUACAGUAUACUACAAUCUUCCUGGCUCAAAUGGGUUUUGCCUGUUUUGCCUUGGAUAUUGAAGGUCAUGGUCAAUCUCAAGGUCUAAAAGCUUUUGUACCAAAUGUUGACCUAGUUGUUGAUGAUUGUUUUUCUUUCUUCAAUUCAAUUAAACAGAAAUCUGAAUUUCAAGGAUUACCUUCAUUUCUCUAUGGAGAAUCAAUGGGUGGAGCUAUUUGUCUAUUAGUUCAUUUCAAGGAUCCGAAGGGAUUUAAUGGUGCAAUUUUAGUUGCUCCAAUGUGUAAAAUUUCUGAUGAUGUCAAACCUAAAUGGCCAGUUCCUGAAAUACUUACUUUUGUUGCAAAAUUCAUGCCGACGUUAGCAAUUGUUCCUACUGCAGAUCUGUUAGAUAAAUCUAUUAGAAUUGAGAAGAAAAAGAUUGUCGGAGGUAUGAAUCCAAUGAGAUACAGGGGGAAACCAAGAUUAGGUACCGUACUCGAGCUUUUGCAGGUUACCGACUAUUUGAGCGCCAAAUUAUCAGAGGUGAGUCUCCCGUUUAUUGUAUUACAUGGAAGUGCUGAUGUUGUUACUGAUCCGGAAGUGAGUCGAGCUCUUUACGAAGAAGCUAAAAGCGAGGAUAAAAGUUUGAAGAUUUAUGAUGGUAUAAUGCAUUCGCUAAUGUAUGGAGAGACUGAUGAGAAUAUUGAAAUCAUUCGGCAAGAUAUUGUCUCAUGGUUAAAUGAGAGGUGUUCAUGAGGUUGAAAACUACACACUUCUCUGAUUCCCUCUUGUUUAGAAUGGCAUUGUAGUACAGUUGCUUACAAUUCAAUUCGAAUUGUUCGUCUUAGAAUAAUUGCUAUUGCCUUGUGUAUUUAUCUGCUUGAUCUAGUUACUCUAAUGAGUGCAUUUAGAAGUUAUCUGAAUAUCCUUUUUGAGAAGCAUUGUUAGCUGAAAUGCCUGCAGAAGGUGAUCGAUUUUUUUUAAAACC